UGUUAACGAAAAAAAUGCAAUGCUUGCAAUAACAGUUGCUGAUGUCCCUUGCGGCCAAGGAAAUAUUGGCAUACGCACGGCGAGACUAGUCGGGGGACAAAACGCGAUACCGCACGAGUUUCCUUGGAUGGUGAGCAUCAGCAGAAAAGGAGGACACUUCUGCGGUGGUACCAUACUUAAUUCAAAAUAUGUCCUGACUGCGGCCCAUUGCCUAUGUUCAGCCACCUCUGUAAUUCCGACCAGUCAAUUACGGAUCAGCCUUGGUGAAUAUAAUCUAAAAGGACCGGAAGUUCCAGCAUCGAAAGAAGAAAGAGUGGUGAACGCUAUUCUACAUCCUGGUCAUAAGUGCGGAAAAUACAUGGACGAUAUCGCUCUUCUAGAACUUGCAAGGCCGAUCAUUUGGUCGGAGAGCGUGAAACCUGCCUGUUUACCUGUGGCCACAGGAAAACCAGGGUAUAGUGCUUUCAACGGAGAACUCGCCAAAGCCGCUGGAUGGGGAUGGUUCGGCGAAGACAGAUCCAAAUAUAAACGAGCAGAUGUAUUACAAAAAGUGGAAGUUCGCGUAAUCGAGAACAAUAUAUGUCGCGAAUGGUAUGCCAGUCAAGGAAAGUCAACCCGUGUAGAAUCAAAGCAAAUGUGUGCCGGCCAUGAAGAAGGUGGUCGCGAUUCUUGUUGGGUAAGUAAAAUCUUCUCGUAUCAUUUAUCUAAUUUAUUUAUACGUUUUACAAAUAUUUCUGUUUCUUUUUCUAUCGAUCUUCUUUUCAUUCAUGCGAACUAGUUCGACAGAAUACAUUGCUCAUUCGCACACAAAAUUCAUGCUUUAUUGAACAACGGCAAUAUGAAUUUCAAUCAAAUAUCCGAUUGCUUUGAUGAGUAUAUUGAAUUAACAACCAGAAAUUGAAUUUUAGUCUUCAAACCGAAUUAUUCGAUCACAAAACAUUCAAUAGAAUG